GGGGUGCUCUCUAUCCUUCCUGGGAUUUCUAGCCAAAACCAGCCCGCUCCCGGGUGCAUGUGCAUUGAGGCUCUCCGGGAGGCAACAGCGGUUUGAGACCCGGGCUCCCAGCGCGAGCAAGAGCAAGGGAACACGGCGGCUGCCACGGCACCGCCCCAGAGUCAGGCGCCGAAACUGCGGGCAGGCGCGAGCGCGGUGCGGGCUUGGUGCGGUCGGCGCGGCGCGGCGCAGCGCGGCGCGGCGCGGCGCGGCGGUGCGGGCUUUUCCCAGGCGCCCUGGGGUCGGGUGGCACCCAGCGCUUCCAGCUCGCAGCGGCGGCGGCGGCGGAGCUGGGGGCUCCUCCACUUGGCCGGCUGGUCACGGGGCUGCGCGUUUCCCUCUCCCGGGCAGGCGGCUUCGCGAAGCACAACAGCUCCAACUGGCAGUAGCACUCCCCACCAACUUUUCCAACUUCUGGCAAGUCCCUGAAAUGCCAACUAUGUCGAGGCCUGCACUUGAUGUCAAGGGUGGCACCUCGCCUGCAAAAGAGGAUGCCAACCAAGAGAUGAGCUCUCUGGCCUACUCUAACCUGGGGGUGAAAGAUCGCAAAGCAGUGGCCAUUCUGCACUACCCUGGGGUUGCCUCCAAUGGAACCAAAGCCACUGGGGCUCCUGCUAGCUCCUCCCUCUCUCCAUCUCCAGUGGGUUCUCCUCCCACUACCCCUCCCACUAAACCCCCUCCCUUCAACUUGCACUCUUCCCCUCACCUGAUGGCCAGUAUGCAGCUGCAGAAACUUAAUAGUCAGUAUCAAGGGAUGGCUGCCACUGCUGCCGCUGCCACUGCCACUGCCACUGCCACUCCAGGCCAAGCUAAUGAGGCAGGGGCCCUGCCAAACUGGGGCCUUGGGGGUCCUCAGGUGGGAGGGGCGGGGUCAGUCUCUCCUCCUGCUGGUGCCCAGAGCCCUGCCUUAAUCGAUUCAGACCCAGUGGAUGAGGAAGUGCUGAUGUCGCUGGUGGUGGAACUAGGACUGGACCGAGCCAAUGAGCUUCCAGAGCUGUGGCUGGGGCAGAAUGAGUUUGACUUCACUGCAGACUUUCCCUCUGGCUGCUGAUGCCAAGUGUUCCUAAAGAUGGAGGAAUAAAGCCACCAGUUUUGUUGUAAAUACAAAUAAAAGUUACUUACAAAGAGA